AUGCCUGCUACAUCGCAGCUGGAAUCACUUAUUGCUACACUGGUGCCUCGUGCCAGGUCGGAUGAUGCGCUGAGGAACGAGCUCUUAAUCCAUUGCUCUGAUAUAUUAAAUAGUCAUAUUGGACGAAAUCGUGAAAGUGAUAUUGGUCACCUUGCUGAUCUGGUGAAGCGACACCUCCUACAGUCGUCCCCGAAUGGCGCUGCGUCUCUUCGCUUUACCAAUCUGCUCUCGCGUCUAUUAGACCAGCCCCUGCUAGAACGAAAACAUGCUUCCCUUCUGUUUUUGUACACCCUCGCUUCGACGGGUCGGCCUUCUAGUUCAAGAGCGUUCUUACCCGCACUGGUCCCACCACCUCCCACACGCCCUCGGACUACAACGCCCACUCCGUUGACUCCAUCUUCCGCUAAGCAUGCUUCGGGCAAGUCGAAGGCAGAGCUUGUAAGGCAAUAUCGGGCCAAGACCGGCUGUCCUGAACUCUCGGAGCAUCUGCUGCUGCGCGACACCUUGUACCUAUUACAAGGCAUCUCUGGCAAGUAUGUUCAGUUUGCCCCGGCAAGCGAUCCGAAUCAAGAGAGGCAGAUCGUCUUCCUGGAGGAUCCAAGGUAUAUUAUUUCCCCUCCGACGAAGGCGCUGAUUCACCGACUAUCGGAAGUUGGCCAUCUAUAUAAACGCGUGGAUGCUUGGGCGAACGACCGUGAAAAGAAAGGGGUUGGGAUGAUCGAACAAAGCCUGUGUCAUUAUCUACAGACCCAGCUCACCGAGUACUACAGAUUGAUCGCUGUGCUGGAAUCACAAAUGGUCCCUGCUUCGUCUGCGGAAGACGAUCGCACAGAGGGCAGUGGCAGAGCUGAAGAGACCGGCCUGACUCUACGAAGAUUAGAUGUAUGGAUAAGUGACUGGAGGCUGAGAAUGAGAAUGAUGAGUGCUUGCGUCGAGGGUGCCCGAGAUGCUCAUGGCGGUGCUCUCGUUAAUCUGAUACAUAGCUAUACAGACAACGGAGACCCUUUCGUGCGGCGUUUCACAGAUGAGUUGUUGGAAGAGGUGUCGAAACCCUUCUUUGCGACAUUACAUAAAUGGAUAUUUUCAGGCGAACUUUACGAUCCAUAUUCCGAGUUCUUCGUCGCAGUCGAUCCAGAACUUGCGCACUUGCAGUAUAUUCACCCAUCCUCACUCGAAGGCGCCGUUGGGCAGCUUUCGGCCGACGGGGGGUUUGUUGGCGGGGAUAAUGAUAUUAUAGCAGGUCCAGAGUCUGGUCUGCGACUAUGGGAAGCCAAAUAUCAAUUUCAGAAAGGCAUGUUACCUGCCUUUGUUGGAGAAGCUUUUGGACGGAAGAUAUUCUCCACGGGGAGAAGCUUGAAUUUCAUCCGCUACAGUUGUCACGAUAGCGAUUGGGUAGCAACUCGGGAAAAGCUCAGUAAUACAGGAGGGACUUUGAAGUACAGCGAUAUCGCAGGCUUAGAGCGUUCCAUCGACACCGCUUACCAAAUCGCUAGUCGGAGAUUAUUCGAUGUGUUCCUGGAUAAGUUCAGGCUGCUGGAUCACCUGCGGGCUCUCAAGAAUUACAUGUUACUUGGUCAUGGAGAUUUCACUGACCAGCUUAUGGAUGCUCUGUCGCCAAGUUUAGCGCGACCUGCGAAUGCAUUACACCGUCACAACCUAACAGCAACCUUGGAAACUGCAUUGCGCUCCUCUGUCGCCCAAAAUGACCCACCGGACGUCCUGCGGCGAUUGGAUGCGAGAGUCCUUGAAUUUCAACACGGCGAGAUAGGAUGGGACGUCUUCACUUUGGAGUACAAAGUGGAUGCCCCCAUUGAUACGAUCAUUGACCCGGAGUCGAUCCUGAAAUAUCUCAAAUUGUUCAACCAUCUGUGGAAACUCAGACGAGUCGAGAAGGCUCUCAACAAAGGGUGGCUCCGAGUGACUAGCGGUUCAAGGAGUUUCUUGAGAGUACCUGAACUGGAGCCGGAAUGGCAUCGUAUUCGCGCUUACCAAGCGGAGAUGAUCCAUUAUGUACGUCAGAUGGAGGCGUGGUGUCAGUUGGAUGUCAUAGAGUGUUUAUGGCAAGUCCUUCUGGAGUUCCUGGAGAAGAAGGAUGGCGAUCUCGACGCUCUCAUUGAGGCCCAUCGGACGUAUUUAGACAAUAUGGUAAAGAAGAUAUUGCUGCUGAGUCCCAAAGCAGGAAGAGAGGAAACUCUUCUAAAUCAAGUGCUUGAUUUAUUUGCCAUAAUACUGCAAUUCAGGGAAGCAGUGGAUAAUUUCUACAAUUACUGUUUGUCGGAGUCCGCUCGUAGAGAUUCUCAGCUUGACCACGAACGGGGUGUUUAUACCGCAAAUGAUCCAGACGAGCAUACUGACACAGCGACACUGGAACGGAUUCUGAACAUCAUACGCGAGUACGGAACAUCGUUUUCUGAGAAGGCUCAUGCCAUGGUGCGAGGUCUUGGCAAUCAUCACGAUCUCGAAUCCCGCUCCUUGUCUACCCGUUUGUCAUUCUCGGACUUCUACUCUACGAAGAAAGAAGCGCAUCAAAAAGCAUAAGCUUUCACCGUGCUGUAUGUACCACUUGUACCAUCUUGUAUAUAUGUGCCUACCAGUGACAU